AUCAAACUUCCACUCAUGCAUGUCUUUCUUUCCGCGUCCUCAACGACAGGCCAGACAGGGGUUUCAUCAUAUUGUAUGACUGCAGACGCAAAUCCAGACCCGGCUGCAAUUGCAAAGAAGCUCUGUUUCCCCGCACCAAUUAAUGAUUAUGUGAUUGCGGCACAUAGAAACUACCCCGCAAUAUAGAAGAGGUUAGUAGAGCUCUUCCAGAGCCUCUCUAUAAAAAUGUCUACAGCCUCUAUUCCUCAGACCAACUCGAGCCAUACACCUCAGGCAAAGACACAUACACCUACGACAGUCGAUUUUGAUACCCCAAGGGUAGAAGAACUAUUUGAAGCCCCACUCCACGAAUAUAACAUUCACACACCAGACGCAAGCAUGGCAUCUCACACUGACAAUCUACUCAUUUGCACUAUGUGCGGUACACAAUUCGACGAAGAAUCCCGCACUCUGUUGACUCGAUGUCGGAUCUGUGAUGACCCUCGCCAAUAUGUCCCACCAACAGGCCAAUCCUUCACCACAAUGGCCGGACUCAGAAAGGGCCCGUACAAAAACAAAUGGAAGAAGUUCGAUGAAGACGAAGAUCGCUUCUGGAUGAUCUAUACAGAACCGCAAUUCGCUAUUGGCCAAAGAGCAAUUCUCGUCAAGACACCUCAGGGCAACAUCCUCUGGGAUUGUAUAGCCUUCCUUGACAGCCCAACCAUCGACUGGAUCAACGACCAAGGCGGUCUCGCCGCUAUUGUAAUUUCUCAUCCUCACUACUACACUACCCACCUGGAAUGGGCUGCCGCCUUCGAGUGUCCCGUCUAUAUCGCCUGGGAAGAUAAAGGUUGGCUUAAUCGACUCGACCGUAUGGGCAAAGCACGUACUUUCAUCGAAGGCACUGAAGAAGAGAUCGAAGUCCGCGGCGAGAAGACCGGUGUUGUAAUCUUGAAAACUGGUGGUCAUUUCCCGGGGAGUUUGGUAUGUCUUGCAUAUGGGAGGUUGUUGAUUGCUGAUACGAUUGUGACGACGCCGUCCGGGAAGGGGGAUUGGAGCAAAGGACCUGGUGGAGGCGAGGCCGCGAGGCCGGAAGGAAUGAACACGUAUGUCUUCAUGUGGAGUAUCCCAAAUAUGAUUCCGUUGAGUCCGGACGUGAUUAUGGGUGUGUGGAAUGUUGUCAAGAAGCAUGAGUUUACGCACACUCAUGGUGCCUUCUUUGACAUGGAAGUGAAAGAUGGAGGGAAUGGUUCGAAGACCACCGUAAAGCAGAGAUUACUAGAGAGUAUGCAGAUACAAGUCCGGGCUUCAGGAUGGAAAGAGCAUGCAUUGCUGAAGGAGACAUGUCAAUAGAGCUUGCGAUCGCAUUCAAUGAUGGCUUACGAAGGAUGAAUAACUGCUAAAUAAAACACAA